GGAGCUGACUGAUAAUUGACGGAGGAGAGGAGCUGACUGAUAACUGACGGAGGAGAGGAGCUGACUGAUACUUACUGCAAGUGAAACAUCACAGCAGCCAAUAGAAUCAAACAAGGCUCCAGCCAAUGACGUGCCGUUUUCACUUUCACCACAUAUCCAGCUCUCGACCAACCAUCCAUAGCUUUCUUCAUUGGAUUCAUCAUUCAGGAAAGUUGAUCCAGAGUUGAGCUGUAAACUCUGCCAUGAAGGAGGACAAAGACGUUACUACGGGAAACAUGGGACCUGAUCUGAACACCUCCGCCUGGCUCCGCCCCUGCACCAACACCUCCUGUCCAAUCAGAGCGUCAUGCCUGUACAGCACGGCUCAGCUGAUCUUCAUCGUCAUGGCAACCACCUCCCUGAGCGGCAUCACCGUUGUGGGCAACAUGUUGGUGAUCCUGUCCAUCAAAGUAAACCGUCACCUGCGGACCAUCAACAAUUACUUCCUGUUGAGCCUGGCGACGGCUGACCUGAUCGUCGGCCUGGUGUCCAUGAACCUGUACACGCUGUACCUGGCGUGCGGCUUCUGGCCGUUGGGGGCGGUGGUCUGCGACAUGUGGCUGGUGGUGGACCAUGUGGUGAGCAGCGCGUCUGUCAUGAACCUGCUGAUCAUCAGUUUGGAUCGGUUCUUCUGCCUGACGCGUCCACUCAGCUACCCGGUGCAGCGGACGGGCCGGAUGGCCGGGCUGAUGAUCGCCGCUGCCUGGCUGCUGUCCAUCGUCUUGUGGACACCCGCCAUCCUCUACUGGCAGUCCGCCGGGGGCAAACGUGUGGUCCGCGAUGGAGAGUGUUACACACAGCUCCUCGCCAGCCCCACCGUCACCCUUGGGACAACGCUGCCCUCCUUCUACCUGCCGGCGCUCAUCAUGAUCAUUCUGUAUGGCCGUGUGUCCGCCGCCAGCCGCAGCCGACUGAGCACGCUCCAAUCAGAGCAAGGUACGCUCAGGACAUCCAAUCCGUCCAUUAAAGACUUCCUGUUGAAACGACGCAGCUGGGUGACCAGCGACCCAGGCUCAGAGCUUUCUCAGAACCAGUCAGAGUCCAGCAUGCCAACGCCCCGCAGGAACAGGAAACUGUCCAGAAGUCCCUGCGACACCUGCGAGCUGGCAGAUUCCUCGCUGUCUCUUCCUCAGCAUGUCUCUCGCACCACUGUGCUGCACACCAGCGAAGAAGAUGACAAAAUGGAGAACGACUCAUCGUCCAACACAGAGCUCCACAGAGCAGCCUCGGCAGCGUUCUCCGCCUUCCCCGGCUUCAAUUCUCAGGAGCGCAGGAGGCGUCGAGUGAUGGCGAGGGAGAGGAGGGUCACCAAGACCAUCCUGGCCAUCUUGCUGGCCUUCAUCCUCACCUGGGCGCCGUACAACAUCAUAGCCGUCAUCGCCACUUUCUGUCAUGUCUGCAUCCCCAACGUGCUGUGGACCACCGGCUACUGGCUGUGCUACGUCAACAGCGCCAUCAAUCCCGGCUGCUACGCUCUGUGCAACACCACCUUCAGGAAGACCUUCUGCAGCCUGCUGCGCUGUCGCGGUACCAAGCUGCGACUUUGCUGCAGAAGGAAACUGUGAUGAUGCUGCCGCAGCAGGAAGCUGCGAUGACAUCGCUGCAGCUCUCAGUUUCAGCUGAAGGACACGUUUGUCACCGGUCACCUGACAGUCAGUGAUGAGACUGUUUCCACAGCCUGAGAAUGUGUUUGCAUUGUUGCAGAACAGAGUCGGGAGGAGAAGCAGCUGCUGGUUUCCUCUCCUGGAUGAUGUCACCAGACUGCAGCGUCAUGUUCUCUUCUUUCCAUUUCUUCAGCUUUGUUUCUUAGAACUUUUCCCAUCAGUUUGGAACAGCUAAUGCCUCCAAAAACUACAAUACCCAUGAGCAUCAGCCUCAGUUGUGAAUCAGAGCUGGAACUUCGUUGUAUCGGAACACUUCAAAGUUUGAUCCAGAGUCUCAAAGUUAAAUGAUUUGAACAGCUGAAUAUGAAAAGUGUGAGCUCUGUGAUUGGAUGUUUGUUCAUGAAGUGCACUUUGGGAGUCAUAGUUUACUUCAGUUCUCAUGUCCAAAGGCUUGUACCUUUUUUUGUUUGUUUUUGUAAUCAAAGAAGCAGCAGCAAUGAUGGAGCCUGGAGGCCUUAAAUAACUCCAACUUUACACCAACAGACUUAAGAUCAGGGAAGUCAUUUAUCUAGUUUCCAGCUAACAGCACGACUCUGUGGAGUUUGAGCAUGAAGUUCCUGUCAGCCUGUACUUUGAGAUUAAUGCUAAUAAAGCUCAGUUCUACCUCCAGGUGGCACCAAAGCGGACACAGAGUGGCUUUAGCAUGUAUGCUAAAACAUGCUAAAAGCUAACAUGCAUGCUCACUGGGAGAGUUAUUGGUUGCUGUAAUGAUUCCAAACUGGCUGAGAUCAAACUGAUUCAGCUCAAUAAUGUCUAAAGUUCAGCUGAAGUUAACUGAGUUGAGUGAAGUGGAGAUCUGCCAUAUUUACAGCCUGAUUGGUACAAAAUUCCAUGUUUGUUUCCCUGCUGAGCUGCAGAGGACAGAAACAUAAAGAGACAGUUUGUACUAAAAAGAAACUUUGGAAGAUCAACACUUGAUUUGUUUAGCUGAGACAGACAUUAAAGGACGAGUUCACAGUUGUUUAAGUGAGUCUUAAACCAACAGUCAGUCUUCAAAUGAACAUU